CAACCAGUGUGUUGACUGUAGCUGAGUUUGUCGUGUCUUACAGGAGUCCGCUACAACUUUAACAUACUAAACAUACUAUUUAAAGUCAUAAUGUUUAACGUGGAUCUACUCUCAGACCGCGUCGCUAGGGCAAGUCUGCAGAGACGUCGCGACAGAGAGACUGAGAGACAAGAGAGGGUUUUUAAUGACAAAGUGAGGACCAUUGGGGUUGUAAAGGAAGCCCUCAACAUGCAGGUGAGAGAAAAAGAGAAACUAGAAGAGGCAGCAACAGAGGAACAAAAGGCUCACGAUGCUUAUAUGCUCCAUAAUAGCAAGUUGGCUUGCCUCCUCCAAAGGAGAGAAGAAAAGGAGAAGCGUGCGAUGGAAAAGACCAUCGUUGACUACCGGCAUCAGUACCAGCAGCCUUGGUGCCAGCGGGAGUAUGACCUGAAUGACCCAGACCGCUUUAGAAACACAGACCCGGGUGAUGCACAGAUGAUACCCCCUGGCCUCCUGGGCGAGGACCCCGACAGUGAGAGCAGGCGACAGAGACAGAGGGAGCAGCUCAGAGAGUGGCUCAUCCAGCAGCAAAGUGAGCGAGCAGCAGAAAGACAUCAAGAAAAGCUGGAGGAGCAGCGCUAUGACCAAAGCAGAGUAGACAUGGACAACAAAGUGCUGCAGCUUCAGAGCACUGAGAUGGAGAGGAGAAAAGAGGCAACUAUUGCCACUAAAGAGUACAAUCUGGCCAAGAUUGCAGAGAAGCGUCGCCAGGAAAGGGACCGCAAUGACGAGGGCAAGCUGGCAGGAGCAGAUGCCGAACCCACCCUGGGCAUGGUGGGAGGGCCUGGUAUUUGCCCCAGCAGCGAUAGGAGAGCCCCUCCGGAGAGCCUGCAGGAGAUCAUCCAGUUCCAGAAAUAUCAGAUAGAGGAGAAAAAGAGGGUAGAACUACAGGAAAAGCAAGAAGAGGAGCAAUAUGAUCGCUUCCGUUUGGACUCGGCUCGCACAGCUCUGUUAAUAGAGAGGCAGCAGGCAAGACUGAACAAGCAGCUGAGACGACACCUGGACAGCACCAACGUCAAGCUGGCCGAAACACACAAACAGAAACCGGACAUUGAAAGAGGAUCCAUUGACGACAGCUUCUUCUCCAAAUUCAACACCUGCAGCAGAUGAUGGACGGCACGCUGCGCCGAUGUCUGGCUCAUUACAGUGGCUAAGUAUUCAUUAUGGUGCCACAUGAGAAAAACACUGAAUAAACUGAAGCAUACCGUAAAUCAA